ACAAACAUGGCCAACUUGGAUGUGGUUGAUACUUCGGUGUUGGAUGACAAAAACGACGCAGCAGUUUUGGAUGAUGAUAAACCUGCUGUUUUGAAAGAAUUCGAAGGAGCGACUUUAGAAAUAACUUCUAGUGAUGCUACUAUCACCGAUAUUAGUCACAAUAUGCAGCCUGAAAUCAGCUUUGCCCCUCAACCAAGAACAAUCGGUGGUGCUAGUGAACUUUCAAGAGACAGACCUGGAAGCGUUAUUGGAAGAGCCAGCAUUAGAUCAGGGAGCAGUCGUACUUCUAUCAAACCUGGCAUUGUGCAAAGUGAUUUUUCAGCGCGGUCUUAUUACUGUUAUAAAGAAAGUCAUUUUGAAAAGGCAGUGAACUCUAUCAAGAGAAUAAUCAAGCCUGAACUGGAUGGAGAACUUAAGUCUUCAUGGCUUCUGACAGAAAUUGACCAUUGGGACUUUGAACGAGAGAAAAUAGUUUUGCUAACAGAGUAUUCUGUGUUUAUUGUGAAGUACAACUUCAUCAAUGAAACACUGUAUGAGUAUCGCCGUGUGAUGCUCCAUGUUAUUAACUCCAUCUGUAUAGGAGAUUUCCAGUACCCUAAUGUUUCACUGAUGCCAGACAGAAAGCAUGGGGGUAUUCAACUGAGAUGGGACAAAGGUCAGCAGUUAACCUUUGGCCAGAAGUGGAAUCCUUGGUGCACAGACAUCCCAUGGGUGACCCUCUCUCACCAUCCUCUUAUCUACAACCCUAAAGAGAAUGAGACAGUGACUUACAAUGUUGAUGAGUUCUUUGAGUCUUUGGUCACGGCUGCUAGUAAGGUUUACACUGAAAAGCGCCCAGGAGAGAAGCUGAAAGUUAUUGAAGGACCUGUGGUGAUAGAAAGCUAUGCAAAUCCUGCCUCUAUAGUUUACAACCAAAGUGGAGUCGGAUUCUUUAGGGAUAGAAACGGAUUGAGUUAUUAGUUGUUUUUACUUUAGUGUAAUAUUUUUGUGUGUCAAUUUUACCUCCCCUUUAUUUAAUCUCCACCAUUUUUACCCUAAGGUUUCUAUUCCAUGAGGAAUUUUAAUCCUGUUUUUUAUAUGAUCAUACCUUUGUUCCGUUGUUCUUUUUUAAAAAGUUUAUGUUUGUAUAGAUAUUUAACAGCAGUUUAUAUUUGUAUUUUAUAGAUUUAUCAUUUAUGUGCAAUGUAACACUAUAAUUUUUAAAGUAACUGAAGUCACUUAGCAGCUUCAUUUUAUUCUAGCAUAAUUACAUUAAUUUUAAAAACGGACACAUAGUAGUAUGUCAGUUUGAACUAUGUGGGUGUUUAGCUCUCAAAGGCUGGAUCAUAGUAAGGAACUGACUCAUUGGAAAAAUUCUUUAAAUUCUCAACAAAUGUCUGAUCUUAAUGGGUGAGACAUUCAUGAUUCCUUUUAAAAAAUGUGCUGCUUUCCAUUUUUUUUUUUCAAUCCCUUCAACAAAUUUUCCCAAAAAUGAAAACACCAACAGGUUUCUAAACUAGAACAAAUUAUUGAAAAAACAGAUCAUGCAAACUGUAUACUCUUUGUCUUUCUUUGUGUGCAUCAUAAGAUUGUAUGUUUUGAAGAACAUAUACUUUAUCAAUAAAUGUAUACUUUAUCAUUUUAAAAAAUCAGUUAUUGUAAACCACACUGUUUAGACAUUUUGUGGUUACUUGGACACUCCUGUUGUUUUUUUUUAUAAGUCACGGUUUUUUUAAAUUAUGUCAGGUCCUUUAAUUUUGGAAACCCGACUAGGCUAACUUGGCAUGAUGUAGCAAUAUUCUUUUAACAACAUCCUAGGUGUAGGGCGAGGAUUUUCUCUGCUCAUCUAUAUGCACUGGUUUAAACUUUUACUAAUCUGUGCCAAAUAUGGAUUACCAUUUUAUCCAAAUCACUGGUUAUACAAAAAAUAUGUUUAUUUUGAGAUUGUUGGUAUUAUAUUGAAACUCAGUUUAUUGAAAAAUGUGAUUGCAAGAUGCUCCUCGUUUGACCAAUGUUGCUUGGUGUUAGACAAAGGAGAGGGGUCAGCGUGGUGGAGUCGGUAAAGCUCAUGGUUGCUAAACCGAAAAGUCUCAAGUUCGAACCCUCGGGCAGUUGAGGCUCGUUAGCUGGGGACAGCCACUCUUCUAGGAGAGACAACUCCAAAAUCAAACAACUGUUGCCUUGUAGUUUGUUCUUGGUUGGACAAAGGCUAUGGAAGCAAAUCCAAAAAGAAAAGCAGGCUGAAAUCGGAGUCAAUGGCCUCAAUGGCGCAUAACCAGUUGACACGUAAUCCUUAAUUGUGAUGGAAGCAUGGUCAAGUCGGCAAAGCUCAUGGUUGAUAAAUUCAAAAAAAGUUUCGAGUUCAAACCCUCUGGCAGAUUAGGCUCGAUCCCUCCCAACACUAAAAAUUAAGAACGAAGAAGAAGAAGAAGACAAAGGAGAUCAAAGCAGUGGGAUGCAAUGCUGUAGGUAUAGUUUUUGUUUGCUUUGGUCUUUUGCCACAAACCUGUCUAUACUAAUUUACUAGGAAAGUGGAGAAUCAGUUGCAAAGAUGUAGCUUUGCUUUUUCUCUUUCCACCAACAUUUUUAUAUGUAAAUUUAAUUUUUAAUACUUGUUUAAUUAUUUCUCUCAAAAUGCUUUUAAUGAUGGGGAAACUGUUUUUAGAGUGGUUAGUUACAUCUUGAUAUAGGAUACAGCUAUGCAUGUUUUCUAUUCUUGAAUUAUUAUAGUUGAGUUUUUUUUUACACAAAUUUGUAUUAAUGUUAUCCCUCGCUGUUUGAUAUAUAUUGCAAAAGGUUGUGUUUUUUAAUUUUAAGACAACUAUGACAUGUUUUUGUUUGCUCAACAGUUUUGUUACCAGCUGCAAAUGUCCCUCUAAUUUAUUGGUUUAGUGUGAAGUAUUGAGCUUUGGAUUUUUAUGUUGUGCUUUAGAGUUUGAUAAAGCUAGAAACCCACUGGAUCUUCAUAGUGUUAUACCAUAAUAAACCAUGACUUCUACAUUAUUUUAUGUCCCAGCCUAUGCUAAAUGUCCUUUUCUUGUUUAUAAACUUAAAUAAUUGCAUCAACUUUGUAAAAUGUUGUUUUGCCUUUCAUCUGCUCGACAUGUUUGGAUUAGUAAACUAUUUACUACUAACCAGAAAGAAUUGUUCACACCUAAGCUAAAUUUUAAAAAUUGAAUUCACUAAGUACUUUUUAAAUUUUAAACAGUUUUUUAAAUGUAUAUUUACUUAGGAAUUUUUACACAGCACAAUUUUUUUUUAUAAAGUUCUGUAUGGAGGCUGACAUAACAUGUAACAGUACUGUUUUUGUUACGCAAAUUCAAUUUUGCUUUUAUUAGUGUCUUUUACUGUAUCCAUUAAUAUUCCCUUUGUAAUCAAGCUACUGAACGAUAUUUUAUUUUAUUUAUGGCAAUAGUCAUUCCAAAUCCAUCCUGCUUUGAUUAUAUUCUUAAUUCUAGUUAAUGUAAAAUUUUACUUUUAUCCAUUUUUUACCUAUACCAAAAACAUAUUAACUUACUUAUAUGUUACUCUUAGAAAAUUUCACACAGUAAUUAUUUCAAAGGUUAACAUUCCACUUCACAAUUUCACCAAUAUGAACAAUCUAGAGUAUAUUUUAGAAGUUAUACUAUUGUACUCAUUGUUAAUAAGGCACAAUAUGAUACACAAUGAUUUUUAACCAAGUUCUAGUGACACUGAUGUUAAUUUAGGUUUUGCUCAUAGUUUAGAGAAGGAUAAAACUUGCAAAACAAAGAAUCUUUUGUACAUAAAUCUAGACAAUAUUGCAGUAUAUUAUUCUGACUUCAAUUGUGUUUAUAUUUUUAGUUUACACUGAAUUGUUAGUGGCAUAAGGCACAGUUAGAUACCUUAAUAAUUUGUAAAUUAGUCCUUUUUGCCAGGUUUUAAAUACUUCUGUACUGAAAAUUGUAAUUUAAUGUUUAUCUCACAAUAGAUAACAAUUUGAAGCAGAACUUGAUACAAAUUAUAGAUUAGUUUUAUUGUUCUAGUCAGUCGACAAGUUUAUAAAUAUAGCUACAUGCAGUGUACAUACUACACCUGUUUCUGUUAGACUGAAUGUGCCUGCAGGGGUGGUAACUCCCUCACACAGUGCCAUUGGUUGUUAUUCUUUUUGCCUGCUUUCAGUGUUUACUAGAAGUCCAUUUCUCAGUGCAAUUUAGUGGAAACCACAAAAUGUGUUUAACGGAAAGAAAAAAAUAAAUCACAUUCAGAAAAUAACUUGUUUGUGGUUACUAAGAAUGUGUAGGUUUUUAAACGGUUUCUAAGAAUGCAAUGAUGUUGAUAUCUAUUCUGGAAAAAGUAGCAAAUUAAAGGGCAAAAAUCCAGUCCAGAUUUGUGGAAGAAUUUGUUAUGUUCAUUGAUUCACUGAAUGCCUCUGGUUCUAAUGCAUUCAGUUGUUAGUAUCAAUGUGGAGAAAUGAUAGAGGUUUUAGACACCAGAGAAUGAACACAUUACAUUGAUUACAGUUUUUGUAGUAACAAAUUGUGUAAUGAAAGCAUUGUUUUUGACAGCAAUGAUCUAUAGAAAUG